AAGCUGGCCUCACUGUGACUCUUCGCUCUGCAACAGGUAACACCUCAACUCCAAAUCUCUGCGCCAGUGCUUUUGGAUCUUCGUGUCAGGAAGUAAAAUUUCUCUGUCGGGUAAGAGCUCCCACUUGAAAGAUAAAGCAUUUCUCUUCAUAUGCAUAUAGGAGAGAGAUUUAUGACCUACUUGCAUGUAUUUCUGAUGUGAGUAAAGGUCUCUGAGAGUGACGUUUUUGCUUUUCCGACAUCUCUCGGGAUAGUCUUCUAGGCACAUUCUCUGUCAUUCUAAUGAUUUGCCAAAGGACCUGAGGGGAGAGGUACAAUCUACGUCCUCUGACACUCCUGUCAAAGUGUGAGAGGAACAGACAGCACCAAACGAGACGGAAUCACUUUAAGAAAAGGGACGGGAAAAAACGAGAAAAGGGAACGAUGAUGGAAUUGAGGAUCCAGCUCAUUCCAACAGGGGAGAUCAUCCUUCCUCCGGGGAAGAACGGGGAAAACUACUGCCACGACUGCAAGGUGGUGGCUAGUGACGGGGUGCGGGCUAUGAUGGAGUCGGCCCUGACAGCCAGAGACCGGGUGGGCGUGCAGGACUUUGUCCUGCUGGAGAACUACACCAGCGAGGCCGCCUUCAUAGAGAACCUGCGCAAACGCUUCAAAGAGAACCUCAUCUAUACAUACAUUGGUUCAGUGCUGGUGUCAGUAAACCCAUACAAAGACCUGGAGAUCUACACCAAGAACCACAUGGAGCGAUACCGUGGAGUCAACUUCUACGAGGUCUCACCACACAUUUAUGCAGUGGCAGACAACUCAUACCGUUCCUUGAGGACAGAGAGAAAAGACCAGUGCAUCCUCAUCUCUGGGGAGAGCGGCGCUGGGAAGACGGAGGCGUCCAAGAAGAUCCUGCAGUACUACGCCGUCACCUGUCCGGCCAGCGAGCAGGUGCAGACCAUCAAGGACCGCCUGCUGCAGUCCAACCCUGUGCUGGAGGCCUUUGGCAAUGCCAAGACGUUGCGUAACGACAACUCGAGCCGCUUUGGCAAGUACAUGGACAUUCAGUUUGACUUCAAGGGUGCCCCUGUGGGAGGCCACAUCAUCAACUACCUGCUGGAGAAGUCCCGCGUGGUCCACCAGAACCACGGGGAGAGAAACUUCCACAUUUUCUAUCAGCUGAUCGAGGGAGGGGAGGAGGACCUGCUGAGACGCCUGGGCCUGGAGAGGAACCCUCAGCAGUACCAGUUCCUGGUCAAAGGUAACUGUCCCAAAGUGAGCUCCAUCAAUGAUCGCAGUGAUUGGAAGGUGGUGAGGAAAGCCUUGACUGUAAUUGGCUUCAAUGAGGACGAGGUAGAGGAGUUGUUGAACAUAAUCGCCAGUGUGCUCCACCUGGGGAAUGUGCAGUACGGCGGGGAAGAAGGCAAUGCCUGCAUCACUUCUGACACACAGAUAAAGUACCUGGCCAGGUUGUUAGGAGUGAAUGGGACAGUGCUGACAGAGGCACUCACACACAAGAAGAUAAUUGCCAAGGGAGAGGAGUUGAUGAGCCCGCUGAACCUAGAGCAAGCGUCAUCAGCUCGGGAUGCUUUGUCCAAGGCAGUGUAUGGACGCACCUUCACCUGGCUGGUUAACAAGAUCAACGCUUCGCUGGCAUACACGGAUGACUCCUACAAGAAUUACUCUGUCAUUGGCCUGCUGGACAUCUAUGGUUUUGAGGUCUUCCAGCACAACAGCUUUGAGCAGUUCUGUAUCAACUACUGUAACGAGAAGCUGCAGCAGCUCUUCAUUGAGCUCACCCUCAAGUCAGAGCAGGAGGAGUACGAGGCUGAAGGCAUCACGUGGGAGCCGGUGCAGUACUUCAACAACAAGAUCAUCUGUGACCUGGUGGAGGAGAAGUUCAAAGGCAUCAUCUCCAUUCUGGAUGAGGAGUGUCUGAGACCUGGAGAUGCCAGUGAUUUCACCUUCCUAGAGAAGCUGGAGGACACUGUGGGAGGACACCAACACUUUGUCACUCACAAGCUGGCUGAUGCAAAGACCCGGAAGGUAAUGAGCCGUGACGAAUUCAGACUGCUGCACUACGCUGGAGAGGUCAACUACAAUGUCAACGGAUUUUUGGACAAGAACAACGACCUGCUCUUCAGGAACUUGAAAGAGGCUAUGUGUAUGUCAGAGAACAAGAUCCUGACCCAGUGUUUUGACAGGGAGGAGCUGAGUGACAAGAAACGCCCAGAAACAGCAGCCACCCAGUUCAAAGCAAGUCUGGCGAAACUCAUGGAGAUCCUCAUGUCGAAGGAGCCGUCGUACGUCCGCUGCAUCAAGCCCAAUGACUCCAAGCAAGCAGUUCGAUUUGACGAGGUGUUGAUCCGUCACCAGGUCAAGUAUCUGGGGCUGAUGGAGAAUCUGAGGGUGAGGAGAGCCGGCUUUGCUUACAGACGGCGCUACGAGGUCUUCCUACAGAGGUAUAAGUCCCUGUGUCCAGACACAUGGCCUAACUGGCAGGGGAAACUGGCUGAUGGAGUGGCCACACUGGUCAAACACCUGGGAUACAAGCCUGAGGAGUACAAACUGGGCAGAUCCAAAAUCUUCAUCCGUUUCCCAAAGACCUUGUUUGCCACCGAGGAUGCUCUAGAGACCAGGAAACACAGUCUUGCCACCAAGCUGCAGGCAGGAUGGAGAGGCUACAGCCAGAGGUCCAAGUACCAAAAACUCAGAACCUCAGCUAUUGCCAUCCAGGCGUGGUGGAGGGGGAUCCUGGCCAGGAGGAGGGCCCAGCGCAGGCGACAGGCUGCUGACACUAUCCGCAGGUUCAUCAAAGGCUUCAUCUACCGCCACAGGGAGCGCUGUCCAGAGAACGAGUAUUUCCUGGAUUAUGUGCGCUACUCCUUCCUCAUGACGCUGCGCAGGAACCUACCCAAGCACGUCCUGGACAAGAGCUGGCCCACACCUCCAGCUGCUCUCACUGAGGCAUCGGAGUAUUUGCGUAAGCUGUGCAUGCAGAACAUGGUGUGGAGCUACUGCAAGAAGAUCAGUCCUGAGUGGAAACACCAGAUGGAGCAGAAGAUGAUGGCCAGUGAGAUCUUCAAGGACAAGAAGGACAACUACCCACAGAGCGUGCCCAAACUGUUUGUCAGCACAAGACUCAAUGGUGAGGACAUUAACCCCAAGGUGCUGCAGGCGCUGGGCAGUGAGAAGAUGAAGUAUGCAGUGCCAGUUACCAAGUACGACAGAAAAGGCUACAAGGCUCGGCCCCGCCAGCUGCUGCUCACCGCCAACAGUGCCUUUAUAGUAGAGGAGGCCAAACUCAAGCAGCGCAUCGACUACGGAGCUCUGAAAGGUAUCUCAGUCAGCUCUCUCAGCGACGGCUUGUUUGUUCUGCAUGUGCCCAGUGAUGACAACAAACAGAAGGGAGAUGUGGUUCUGCAGAGUGACCAUGUGAUUGAGACCUUGACCAAGAUUGGGAUCUGUGCCGACAAAAUUAACAGCAUCAACAUCAACCAGGGCAGUAUAAAGUUUACAGUGGGUCAGGGGAAAGAGGGGGUCAUCGACUUCACGCCUGGAUCAGAACUACUGGUGGCCAAGGCUAAGAACGGACACUUGUCUGUGACGGCUCCCAGGCUGAACUCCAGAUGAUGGCCACUCUGACUACACACAUACUCCAGGACCUACGUACUCCUCACCUCUCCCAUCCUCCAAUCACACGACCGCAGACCCCACUCUGCCUAAGCCAGACGCCAGCUGUCACUACAUGGGUGGCAUGUGCUUCCAAUUAAAAAAAACAAAUAAAAAUCCAGCACAACUAAUUGAUAUAUUUAUGUUUAUAUAUUAUAUUUUUGGGAUUAAUACUGUUGCUGUUUGAAUAUUCUGAUUUUAUAUAUGAGGCCAAGGAAUAACAAAUAUUUUGGUGCAUUUUUUUCUUGCACCAUGUGUGUUUAUUGUGCUUUAUUUGGGAACAUGACCAAGAAAACGAUGAGGGAAGAUUUAGAACAAGAGACAAUGAAAAGACAAGGAUCGUUGUUGAUGAAAAUCAGGGUUAGCUAUUUCCUGUUGCCUCUUUCUUUCCUCUUCACUUUUUCCUGCUUGACCUAUAGGCUUGAUGGUCUUGCUAACACUACUUUUCUAACUGGAGUGGGUUUCUUGUUAUUGAAGCAUGAAGGUGUGUAGAACAAGGCUGACGGUAUGUAGGAUAUGGUGAUGCUUUGGCACGAAAAGGCUGGUAGUGUCAGACUGGCUCACUAAAUCAGAAUAAAUAGUUGGGUGUACUACUGAAUGUAUUUUUAAAAGUCUAUUUGUGCUGUGUUAGAAUAAGAAGGAAGCUUGUCAUGAGGGAUUCACUACAUUAAAUAAACAGCAUACAGUGUGUAAAUGCUGCAAAAAGGAACAAAGUAUGUGAGUAGUGGGUGAGAAAAGGCAACAGAAAGAUAAAAGAAUGCAACAGUCAUUUGUCUUGACCCCAGGUGCUUAUGCCUUUCUCCUUGUCUUAUUUAUUCAUAAUAAGUGAGUUGAGCUGUAUAUUGAUAUAUGAAAACCAUGACACUCGAGAAUGAGUCGAGUUAAGUGUAGACAGAAACUCGUCCUGACUGAAUAUUGAUCCAGCCGCAGCUGCCUGUACAGCAGUCUUCCCUUGUUCAGAACCACAUACCAUGCUCUGCCUUGGUCGAUGGCCCCAGCAUCUAUCUCUCUCAAGUCGGCUACAUUUCCUCCAUUCUUCCACCUCUCCUCUCUGCUUUGCUUCUCCGGCCUCCGCCCUGACCUGCCUGUUGUCUGGCGUAGAAAACAGGAGCUUCUGUCAGGCUGUGACUGAACUGGUCUGAUGGCUACACCUGACCAGGAUUUGACCAAUAUUUUUGAAACAGCAACAAGUUGUUUUUUUCUCUGGAUUUAUCUCAAAUACAUGUGAAGGCCAAAAGACUGAUUUUUAGAUUGAAGCCACUAAUAGCUGUGUAUUGUCCAGAUGUUUGACAUAUUUAAAUGGGAUCAUUUUAAAUGAAUAGUUUGACAUUUUGGGAAAUCAGUGUAAUCACUUUCUUGCAGAGAGUUAGUUGAUAAGAUUGAUACCACUCUCAUGUCUGCAUGCUAAAUAUAAAGCUACAGCCAGGAGCUUAGGGGGAAACAGCUAGCUUGGCUCUGCCCAAAGGUAAAAAAAAAAAAAAAUCCACCUACACAUUUAACAAACCAGAUAAAACAUGUUAAUUAUUGAGCUUUAGAGGUGCUGGUAGGUAGAUUUCGUUAGCUUUAAACAGAGCCAAGCUAGCUUUCCAGUCUUUAUGCUAAGCUAAGCUAACCGUCUCAUGGCUACAGCUUCAUGUUGAACUCAUAGAUAUGAAACUUGUAUCGAUUUUCUCAUCUAAGUCUCGGCCAAAAAAAGCACAUUAGUGCAUUUCCCAAAAUGUCUAACUAUUCCUUUUAGUAAAAUAUAAGCAUCCAGAGUUCUAUCCAGAAUUUUGCCCUUUUCGGGGUAGAAAAACUUCUGAAAUACCCUCUAAAUUGUCAAGUGACACUAAAAACCUUCAUUAAAACUCAUGACAACAGUAAAAUAUUUAUGCAUCCUUAUAAAAAUAUCACACCAGUUCAGGUUAAAGGCCUCCUACAAAAAAACCAAAUCUCUUUCUAACCCUAGCCCUGACCAAAGACUGAUCCUGAAAAAUGUUUUUGAAAACUUUUGAGAGGAGCUCCAAAAUGUUUCCAAGAUGGUUUUUGUUCUUUUUUCCAGACCUUGCUCAAUGACAGAACUUUUUCUCUGCAUGGCUCUGGGUGGCGACGCGGGUGCAAUAUGCCGAGGCAGGACUGUGCAACUGCACUUAAAACAUACCAGCCAAAGACCCUGUUGAUUUAUAGUGAUUCUGUGUUGUAUGAUUUAUAUGAUAUUAUGAUGUCAGUUCUGAAUGUUAUCUUGUUUUUUUUCAGGAGGGAGAUGUAUAUGUACAGUUUGUGUUCUGUUAUAAAAGAGAGAUUCAAGCCAAGUGAGGUUUGAUGAUGUGAAACAUUUGGGGAGAAAAAGCUUUUAGUGUUGUUUGUUAACGCAAACUUGUUCAUGUGCCUUGUUGGAUAGCAAUACAACAGAUUAGUGUGGAAUUAUAGAAGAGAAAUAUACCUCCUUGACAGAGUCUAGUCCUGGGCUGAUGACGGUUGUCGGGCCAUUUCUAAAAGUUUCCCAGCAGCAUCUAAAGGUCUCCUCCCUCUUUGUGUAUAAGCUUUAUUCAAACCAAAUCCUAAGUUUGUCUAUUGAUUUACAGAUGCACUCCUGCUAUCAGUCCUGACUUACUGUAUGCACCACACCAAUUUAUAACUAUGCCAACACACUAAAAGAUAAGAUACUAAAGAUUUGAAAAAUACAUUUGAAAAGUAAAUACAAACUGAUGAA